AUGGGCUGCUGCCAAGACAAGGACAUUGAGACAUCCGAUGAUCCGGCAAAGGAAGGCUCCCCUGAAGAAGGCAGGGAAGGCAAUGAGAUCGAUUUGGACUCUGCAGCUCACAGGAAACCCAAAUCUGAGGAAAGCCUUCUGAUAACCGUGCUGUGGCGACGGCUAUCCAUGUUCAGUCGACGGGGCUCUUCGCGGUCAACCAAGAGGCAGUCAGAGCCGGGUCCAAGGCUAGAAAGUUCAAGCCAAGAACGCAAACAUAAGGCGAACCCAGAACAGCCAGAGAAGGGCUGA